GGGUGACGAGAUGAAAACACACACACACACACAACAGUGUUAUAGUCAGACCUGGAGACCAUUUUCACAAGCUACUCCCACUCGAGUGAGGGGGAGAAACGGAAUGGAAACUAGCGCAGAGAUAUAGAGUGAAGGAAAGCCGAGGGUUGGGAGAGGAGGCGGUGGGUGAUGCUGCACGAUGACAAGCCAGUUCCGGUUGCUACAGUAACACCUGUUUGAAGGACCAUCAAAACAAGCCUCUUCAAAUGUGAAUAGCAGGCGGCGGUGCUGAGGAGUCUCUGCUGUCGCAGUUGCAGCCGAAAGGAGAGGGGACUAGGCAAGCUGGUGUGAAUGUUGGCCGAGUUAAGGAACGUGGCAGGAUGGCGUCCACGGGCACGCAGAUCUUCGCCUUCGUGCUGGCAUUGCUAGGCAUCCUAGGUGCCACGGUGGCCACGUUACUGCCUAACUGGAAGGUGAGCGCGGAUGUUGGCUCCAACAUCAUCACUGCCAUCUCGCAGAUGCAGGGGCUGUGGAUGGACUGCACCUGGUACAGCACUGGCAUGUUUAGCUGUACCCUAAAAUACUCUGUGCUGGCGCUGCCCGCAUACCUCCAGACGGCACGCACCACCAUGGUGCUCUCCUGUGUGCUGGCAGCGCUGGGAUUGUGUUUGGCCUCUGUGGGUUUAAAGUGCACUCGCUGGGGUGGGGGACGGCGUGCUAAACGUCACGCUGCCAUGGCCGCCGGCACCUGCUUUCUGGCCUCUGGCUUUCUCUGCCUUGUUCCUGCCUCCUGGUACACAAAUGAGGUUAUUGUCAGUUUCCUGGAUGCCAACGUGCCAGAAAGCAACAAGUUCGAGCCAGGCGGUGCCGUCUACGUAGCGUUCAUCUCAUCUGGUUUCCUUUUCGUGGGUGGAUCCAUUUUCUGUCUGUCCUGCCCGGGGAAGCGACACGGCCACCAGGAUUUGGUACUUCUCCCUCCGGACAAACUCCUCCUGCAGCAGCAGCAGCAACUGCUGCAACAACAGCAGCAGCAGGACCAGCUCCAGCACCAGUACUGCUCUCUCUCCCCGCUGGACAACAAGACUGGCUACAGCCUGCAGGACUACGUAUAGGGGACCGGUAGUUCUGGAGAAAGACAAGUGCGAUGCACUGCCACUCGACCUCUUGGCUCUCGUGAUUACAACAUGAAAGGGAGAGAGGUACCACAACUUUAAAGAAUUUCCCUUGUCGUUUUCGUCUCUCCCCUUUUUAAGAUCAGCAAGCACAAAACAGUGGAAGUAUUCUCUCAAGCGACGUCUACGAACAGACGGAUGGUGAAUACUGAAGGACGAGUGGCAGCAACGCUGCAGUAGUGACAGCUAAAGCAGUGUGCAAGACAGACGAUAAAUAAAUGCACAUAUCCAGCAUCCUAGUAAAUCGUAUUAAAGUGUUCCUCUGGGAACAGAUUAGCAACAAGGGAAUGUUUCUGCUACUUCAAAUCCCACCCCCCCUUCCCAAAGAUCUGAACUCUGAAGCAAUCGUUUAGCUGCUAACAAUCGUUUGGUAACCUCUGAUAAAAUAAGAUGGCAAUAUGUCUCAAAGAGGCAACAGCAUGGGAGAGCCCUUGUUUGGGAGAUUCUUUGCUUUUCUUUCUAUUUGAGUAAUUUGUGUUAAUGAAAUAUAAUUAUUUUGGUAGCUGAUAGGAUGAUUGAUAUUCUGCCUAAGCAUGCUUUCUGGAGCCUGUGCAUAAUGCAGUGGAAUGCCUGAUGUAGACUGAAUUGUAGCCAUAUAGCCUGUGCCUAAAGAGCUGUAGUACAUAAACCGCUGAAACUGUUUGGAGAGAAGUAGGAGGAGAGAGUGAAUAGGGGUUGCUGGGUCAGAUAUGGCUGAGAGGAGACUGCCCCUUCUUGCGUCAAAUGGAAGAUGUAAUGUUGUGCUGAUCAACACUUUCACAUUUUGCCCCAGACAAAAGCACGCUGCCUUGAGCUCAGGCCAUGCUGUUUGCCGCUCUAUCACGCACACACUCAUUGUGCUGCAUGUGUGCUUUUUACUCAUGCUGCUACUCUCACUGCCAUGGAAACGGGAUUCUACACCCAAAUACUUGUAUUGUCUAGGGUCAUGUUUCUCUGCACACUAGGAUAGUGGACCUGUCUGUGACAAGCUGGAGGCUGUAAUAAAUCACUCCAGCCAACAGCAGAGGAUCGGUGUCUAGAGACAACGUCCCUGCAACAACCCUUCUCUCAGAUGGGAGGGUCCGUACCCUGCUGACCACCUCCGAGCUUGAGAAUAUGAUCAGCAGACAAUGUAAGUGCAGCAGAUUUGUUUAACAGACAUAACAUCAACAAAGAUAAGAUUGAGUUUCAGUAACUGGCAGUUUUUAUGGAAGCAUGUGGAACCUGAUAAGGUUGCAAGUGGCUUGGGUCCAUUCUCACAGGAAGUAGAUCUCUGCCAAAUGAUUUUACUUUUUUGCUAAAUUUUAAUAAGCAAUCACAUUCGUCUAAAAAUGCAUCAGCUGUGACAUCUGCUGAAAGAUUGUCACCUACAAGGGGCUCUUUUCGUCAUCUUACAGGAAUAUUGCCGGUUACUCAUGGCCAUUAUCUGUGGCAUGCUGUCGAUUAUGAGAAAAAACAUUUUGUCAUAAUUUACUCACCCUCACUCACCCUCCUGAGUUUGAACUCAUACAGAUUUGGAACCUGUAUUAAGUCAGGAACUGUUUGGAUACCAAAAUUCUUUAAAAGAACUUCUUUUGCAAUUCAAAAAGUACACACAAGUUUGGAACCUUAAAGGGGUCAUAUGACGUCACUAAAAAAAACAUUAUUUUGUGUACUUGGUGUGUGUUGCAAUGUUUAUGUGGUUCAAAAGCACAUUAUUUUCCAUAUUAGUGUUGCUCCUCUAUGCUCCACUUUCCGAUACGAGUAGAUUUUUACAAAGCUCAUCGUUCUGAAAAGCGUGCUGUGCUCUGAUUGGUCAGCUGUCUAGUGCAUUGUGAUUGGCCGAAUUCCUCAAGCGUGUUAGAAAUUUUCCGCCCCUUACCAGGUUCAAGAAACUUUCAUGCAUAAAAUGUGCUGCAUACACUCGAAUAUUUGGGUUAUACUCUUCUGGAAUAGUGUUGUAAAUAAAACUUAACUACUGAUACGGUCCUCUUUUGGAAGACCAAACAAAGUAGUUUGGCUUUUGCAACAAAGUAGCGUCUCCAUGACACGGCGGCGGUGGCAACAAAACUACAGCGGGUAUAUAAGUUUUGCCUUCUUUCUUUGCGUAUACAUUUGGAUAGUAUGAUGCAAAUCUUCCCACACAGUGAUGUAGAUAUGUGGGGGCUUGUCUGAACUAGGCUUUUUUUGGAAGGUGUGGCUGAGCGUUCACUAUUAUAAAGAAUAUCUCUUUCGGUUUGAGACUUUAAUCUUUGUGACUUUACGAAUCUUCUGUACGCACAAACAGCUUUUAAAUCUCCAAAGACGAAGGAAAACAUGAAAUCACAUCAUAUGACCCCUUUAAAUUAUAAAAAAAAAAAAAAAAAGAGUUCAUUUUUGGGUGAACAAUCCCUUUAAAUGCAUUUCCAUUUUACUUGCUUGCCAGUGAUGCAAUUUUAGAUGAACUUAAUUUAGUACAUUUUUGUCUCUUUUAAACAGACAACAUGUCACAUACUGGCCAUAGAGAUUUAACUUUUUAUUUAAGUAGGGGAAACUUCAUACUCUACCUCCCUCAGUGCUCUCCAUCCUGUUCUUCCUGAGCGCUUACGGAUGUUGCCUCUGACAGCCAGAACAGUUGCAUGACGUGCAAAUUUGCCAAUGCAUGUAUAGACAAACACCCCUUCAUUAGCAUGCGCCCUCCCCUGCAUAUAUAACUUGUGCCAAAAGUGGAGUAAGUGUGUGUUGUGCUUGGACGCAGCCAUGCGUUUCUAUGCUGCUGAAGGGAGGAAUGCAAUUUCAGUGUUGUUCUGCUCUGGCAAAAAGCUUUGGCAGUGAUGGAUAGCACAGCGCAUUCUUCCUCUCAAGCAGAUUCCCAUAGGCGAGCAGAUGGCUGGGCCCAGCACGCCCCCUGCAGGCGGCGGCGGGCUUGCUGCGUGAGCACAGCCAGGUUUUGUGCUGCCCCUCUAGGGCAGAUUACGCCCUCCUCAGCAGACCAUGCCAGCUUCUGGACAAUAACGACUGCCCAUGCACCAUUACUGAAUGCAAUAAGCACUCCUCCUACCCUCCAAAAGUAACGUUGCACUGAAAUGUUACAAUUGUGAAUGUGCCAAACUCAUGACUCAUGACUACUUUGAAAAUGUAUGUACAGGUGUACUGUUCUGUUUGCCAAAAGCAAGAUGAUUUAAAGUUUUGAAAGAUUGUCAUCUGUACUGGGACAUAAUUUAUAAAUAUGAAGUUUAUCAACUUAAAUAUCAACUAAUAUUAAAUUCCAAAGCACAGUAAUUCUUAGAUAACAAGCAAUUCAAGUUCACUAGGACAGGCUUUAAAGGACUGAGAUGAUUUUUAAAUUGUGCUUUGGGAUUUCAUAUUCAUCAAAGUUCUGUAAAGAUUGCAUUUAUUAUUAUUCAUCUUCUGAGAGCACUGUUCAACACCCAAGCAUGUUCACAGCAAAUCUUCUUCAUAAGAAGACACACAUUUACACCUUUUAUUGUGUAACCACAUUCGAAAGCAAUUUAUUUUUUGUUAGCUUAACAUGGUUAAAGAUACACUGAAAUGAAGAUGAUUAUCUGUAGAUAGUAUUACCAGAAGAGGUUUUGUAAUUAUAAAGACAAACUAUUCAUAUAUUGUUAUGGUGCAGCUUGUUUAUUAGCACUGUAUGGAAAGAAAAAAUAACGUUUCCUAUGAUCCAGACGAAACAAACAGGCCCUUGUUUUUGUUCAGUGGCUAAUAUCAUUAUUUCUCGUUGGGUAAAUGCAGCUUAUAUCUUGGUGGAUGCUUCUGCACCUUCUUAAUUUUGCAGAGGAUACUGUUCAAAUAUUUCUGUACUGUUCUCUCAAUGUGCUUGUGCAAGUAGUUAUAUUUUUAUUAAUAAAAAUUGUUGUGAGCAGUAUGUUCUUAAAAA